AUGUUCCCUCGUAAGAUCUUUCGAGAUUUAAACGGUUCUUUGGGAUUAAAUACCAUCAAACGAUGGUGUAAAAUGAUCCGUGAUACUGGCUCUAUCCAGUUAUCAACAUCACCAGGUGCUCCACGUCUUGCUCGAACCAGCAAAACAAUCAGAAAAGUCAAACAGAAACUUGAUAAAAAAAAGACGGUGUCGGCUCGAGAUUUGGCUAAAGAUUAUGGCAUAUCCAAAUCAAGUGCACAUCGAAUAUUGACGGAAGACCUAGGACUCUAUGCAUACAAGGUGCAAAUUGAACCAAAGCUUACAGAUGAACAAAAGAAGAAACGAAAAAAAUUCGUUAAUUGGAUCGAUAAUAACUUUCGAAAAGUUGACACGAUGCGCAUUUUAUUUUCAGAUGAGAAGCUGUUUGAUCUUGACGGUAUUUACAAUUCCCAAAACCAACGUAUUUGGGCUGCCAGUCGAGAUGAAGCAGACGAAAAAGGUGGUAUUAAAAUGGGACAGAAAUAUCCGCAAAAGGUUAUGGUCUGGCUUUGUGUUUGCUCCAAGGGAGUGACACCGUUAGUCAUUUUCGAUCGAGGAACCGUAACUCAUGCUGAAUAUAUCCGGGAAGUUCUUCCAGUUGCACUCGAGUAUGGAAAUAAAACCUUCGGAGAACACUGGAUAUUUCAGCAAGACGGUGCGACACCACACACCCAUCACCUAACACAAGAAUGGCGUCAGGAUAACUUUCCAUCGUUCAUUGAUAAAAAUCAUUGGCCACCGAAUAGUCCAGAUUUAAAUCCAUUGGACUAUUGUAUCUGGGAUGAAUUUGCGCGUUGUGUCAACUGGAAGAAAAUAACAUCAAAGCCACACUAA